AUGGCGACCAAAGUGAUUGCGCUGGGACUUUUGCUGUUAUGUGCAGUUACAGCGGCUAGUGCUCAGGCACAAUUUAACUGCAACUUUGAUAGUGGCUUUUGCGGCUGGGCUCAGCCCGUAAAUGCUCCAUUAAAUUGGACGCUUAACAAUGGAAGUACCGCAAGCUUCGGCACAGGGCCAUCCCAAGAUCAUACUACCGGAAAAGGCCUUUUUGUCUACAUUGAAGCUUCAUUUCAACUACCAAACAUUGCGGCUACCUUAAUGUCUCCUAUGGUAGCGAGUGGACAAGCCUGUAUAACCUUUUGGUAUCAUAUGUAUGGGCCUGAUAUCGCUACAUUAAAUGUUUCUGCCACAAUGAAUGGAAAAGAUUCAUUAAUAUGGCAGCGAAAUGGAAAUCAAGGAAAUCAAUGGAAACAGUCAAAUCUUCAACUCAACAUGAAUUCCAACUAUCAGAUUAAAUUCGUGGCAUUGCGUGGCUCUGGCUUUGCCGGUGAUAUUUCUCUUGAUGAUAUAUCGAUGACCUCAUCGGCUUGUCCUUUGACAACGAAUUGCGAUUUCGAAAGCGGCUUGUGCAAAUGGACUCAAGAUACUACAGAUGACUUCAAUUGGCGAAGAGGUAAAAAUGGCAAUGACCAAAAUGGUUCAGGACCACCUACUGAUCAUACCUACCAAAGCCAAUUAGGUUACUACGCUUACACAUCCUCCUACAGCAAUGCUAACCAAAAAGCUCGCCUAAUUUUCAGUCCAGCUUUCGCUCCAACACCAGCUGUUGGAAAAUGUAUGACUUUUUUCUAUCGGUUAACUGGCAAUGCUGGCUCACUUAAAAUUUUCAAUCAAAUCGGAGGCAAUUUAGGACCUGUUCUAUGGCAAGAAAUGGGUAACCAAAAAGGUUUAUGGCAACCAGGUUUGGUCACCAUGAACAGUACUACUGGCAGUUGGCAGCCCGUCUUUCAAUCUGAAACAAGCAGUGGACAAGGAACUAUCGCUAUCGAUGACGUCAGUUUCUACGAUCAAGCUUGUCCUCUACCUGGCAAUUGCAAUUUCGAAAAUGGUCUUUGCACAUGGAUGAACGCUCGUAAAGGUGAUAAUUUCGAUUGGGUAAGACAUCAAGGUUCUGUUCCAUCCAGUUUUACUGGACCCUCAGUUGAUCAUACACUGGGAACAGCUAAUGGCUUCUAUCUUUAUAUGGAGGCAACUGGCCGUAGUAAUGGACAAAAAACUGUUCUUCAAAGUAUGGUCUUUCCAGCAGUGCCCAAUGGACGCUGUUUAUCCUUCUGGUAUCAUAUGUGGAGUCCUUUUGCAUUUGGGACACCUUCUUCACUCUCUGUCUAUAUCCAAAGAGUUAACAGUAAUUUUGGUAGCAUCUUAUGGCUAAGAAAUUCAAGUGCAGGCAACGUAUGGAAAAAUGCCCACGUAGCAUUUAACUCCAAUCAACAAUAUCAAAUUCUAUUUGUUGCUGUACGAGGCCAAAGUUCUCUUUCUGAUAUCGCCAUUGACGAUAUAACCUUUAGCACUAACUGUAAUACAACUCUUACACAGCCAACACCAUCUCCAACUCGAGUAGCACCUACUACCAUGCCUCCAACUCCUUACGACUGUACAUUUGAAAAAGGCUUUUGUAAUUGGGGUCAAGGAGUUGGCACGGAUACUCUGAAUUGGACUAGACAUCAAGGUCCUACAUCGUCAUCAGACACAGGUCCAAGUACAGAUCAUACCACUGGGAGUGCUAGUGGAUGGUAUGCCUACGUUGAAGGAUCUCAUUUCUCAUCCAAUAAUUCAGCUCAAUUAUAUAGUGCAUCUAUUCCUCAAUCGAGUGGGCCAAUGUGCUUACAAUUCUGGUAUAACAUGUUUGGUGAAGAUAUUAAUGUCUUUAAUGUAUACAUAGUAUAUAGUGGCAAUACAAAUCCAAGAUUACUGUGGACUCGUCGUGGUAAUCAAGGCCCUGGUUGGAAAUAUGCACAAAUUCAAGUUGCACAGACCAAUAGCUUCCAAUUUAUGUUUGAAACACAUCAUAUUAGUGGAGGUUAUCGAAGUGAUAUUGCUAUCGAUGACAUUAAAUUUAACUUCCAAGCAUGCCCAGCUCGUCAACUAUGCGAUUUUGAAGACCCUGGCCGAUGUGGAUUUACUCAGGAUAUAAACGAUAAUUUCGAUUGGACUUACUAUACUGGAAAACCAUCCAACCAAUAUGCACCUGCUAAUGAUCAUACAACUGGAACUACUCGUGGUCACAGCUUUUAUGCAAAUAUGCAACAAAAAACUAACGGUGCUACCGCACGACUUAACUCACCUGAGCGGCCACCAACAGCCAACAGUUGUCUUCGAUUUUGGUAUAUUGCUUAUGGAAAUAGUAGUUAUGGUUCCUUGUCAGUAUAUACACAAGCUAAUGGCGUACUGACUAAAAGAUGGACUAGACCAACAUCCACCUUAUUACAACGCCAACAACAAUGGCUAGGAACACAACUAACGAUAAAAAGCCAAUCGCCAUAUUUUAUCACUUUCGAAGCUGCACGAGGUACAGCAGGCAAUGGAACUAUAGCUAUUGAUGAUGUCCAAAUGACCGCUGGUGCAUGCCCUCCACUUGGUGAUUGUUCCUUUGAAAAGGGUACUUGCUUGUGGAGGAAUCUUCACGGAUCUGAUCAAUUAGAUUUAUUACGUUGGAGUGGGCCUACUCCAUCAUUCGGCACUGGUCCAUCAGCUGAUCAUACAACGGGUACAGAAGCAGGUCAUUAUGUAUAUCUUGAAGCUUCUUCUGCCAACUUAAAUGAUAAUGCCAUCUUCUACAGUCCAGAAUUUGCUCCAACCUCUACAACGAGAUGUUUCACCUUUUGGUAUUAUAUGUAUGCUCGUACUCAAUCAGAUAUGGGAAAACUAUCGCUUUCUGUCCGUUCACCCAAUAAUGCCAGUCAAAUCUUUAAUGUUAGUGGUUAUCAAGGACCAAGAUGGAAUUAUGCUGCUGUUGUAAUACCCACUGCUGCUACUACCAAUUGGUUAUACUUUACCGUAACACGAGGCUCUGGCCUUCAAAGUGAUAUUGCAUUAGAUGAUUUUGUUCUAUAUAACGGUCCAUGUCCAACUGCUGCACCUACCACACCACCUAACCCUUGUGCUGUUCGAUGUUAUAGCAAUUUCCGAUGUAUACCUUCCAAUAAAGUUUGUGAUUACAUCCGCGAUUGUCCUGAUGGACGCGAUGAAUUAAAUUGCGGUGGAUGUUCCUUUGAACUUGGCACAUGUAAUUACUCAAUGAAUGCUGGCUCUGAUCAAUGGCUUCGUGGAAGAUAUGGUACACCAAAAACGAAUACUGUACCACAAAUUGAUCAUUCAACUAAAACAACUCGUGGUUGGUAUAUGUAUGUUACAGCUGCUACUGGUAGCAAUUUUGGUACUGCUAAAUUAACAAGUGCUCAAUUACCACCUACUGGAACUUCUUGUGAAGUUCGCUUUUGGUAUUAUUCUUAUGGCAAUUCCACAACAACAUCUACUUUAGAUGUCUAUUUUAUUGAAGGACCAAUACCUAAAACUAGGAUGCUUCAAAUUCGCAAUAUCAACAGCAAUAAAUGGCAACAAGGUAUCGCUUAUAUGGGAAGACGUAUUGAAAAAUUCCGUUUAUCAUUUGAAGGCGAUCGUGAUUUCCUUGGAAGUAGUUACAUGGCCAUUGAUGAUAUUUCCAUGUUCGAAUGCUCACUUCCUCAACCUCAAAUUAGCUGCCUUUCAAAUCAAUUCCAAUGCGCAAAUAAAGUCUGUGUUGGAGCUGAUCAAGUGUGCGAUUUCCAAGACGAUUGUGGCGAUAACAGCGACGAGAAGAAUUGCGCUGCCUAUAAUGGAUGUAAUUUUGAAAAGUCCUUUUGCGAUUGGUCACAAGUGUACGGUAGUGAUAACUUUAAUUGGGAACGAAGAAGUGGAACAACACUUACCUUUAAUACUGGACCAUCAAGAGAUCAUACUAGUGGUACUGUCACCGGUUAUUAUGCAUUUAUUGAUGCUUUCUUUCGAAGCCAAGGACAAAAAGCUCAACUAAAGAGUAAAUGGUUCCAACCCGAUAUUACUGGCAAAUGUAAAAUUAGGUUAUGGUAUCAUAUGCUUGGCGAUGGCAUUGGAUCACUUAAUGUCUAUGUUGUACCCAAUACUGGCAAGCUAAUUAAGAUCUGGUCCCGAUCAGGUGCAGCUGGUGAUGUUUGGUUGAAAAUGGAAGCACCAGCAGUUAGCUCGAGAUAUUUCUAUUUCGUUAUUGAAGCAGUGCGUGGAGCAACAAUCAGAGGUGAUAUUGCCAUCGAUGAUGUUACUUUCACCCAAAAUUGCCAAUAUGCUACAGGAACGAUACCAACACAUGUCACUGGCCCUAUACCUAGUGUAGCUCCAACUCCAAUCCCACGAUGUGCAACAUGGCAAACUAAAAAUUGCGGUGCUUGCACUUUCGAAAAAGGCCAAUGUGGCUGGAGAGAUGCAUCCUUUGGAGGAAUAAGCAAAUGGGCGCGUGAAACUGCAGGCCAUGGACAAUCCAUCAAUGGCCCGCUACUUGAUCACACAACCAAUAGUGGCAAUGGCUACUAUAUGUAUACUAAUGCCCGAGGCGGUAGCUUCUUCACCGAUUCUAAAAUUGCCAGUCCUAUGUUACCAGCUGCUUAUGAUACCUGUACAAUCAAUUUCUGGUAUAAUAGAACGUUAAGUUCUGCGCUCUACCUCUAUGUUGUACAGAAUGGAAGUUCAUCAAGAAUCUGGAGAAGUCCUUUCAUAUCAUCUACUGGUCGCCCAUUAUGGCUUAAUACAACGGUUGGAAUCGGACAUCGCCGAGCAGGUUUUAAGCUUGAAUUUAGAAUUUCUGGAUCAUCGUUUUCAACCAGUAUUGGUGCUGCAGCGAUUGACGAUAUAUCUUUUAAUUCAUGUAACUUCCCACAAUCAGCACCAUGCUAUUCAGGCAAUUUCCAAUGUAGCAAUGGUAGGUGUAUCUCACCCUCAUUAUCUUGCGAUUAUGGAAAUGAUUGUGGUGAUUUCUCAGAUGAACAAGGAUGUGCUGCAACUUUACCAUGGACAUGCAAUUUUGAAUCAAGCACUUGCGGUUUCGUUCAGAGUAAAAAGGAUUCCUUUGAUUGGUCAAGAUCAUCUGGUGGUACAUUUUCUAGCUUGAGUGGGCCAAGCUUCGAUCACACCUUGGGGACACGUCUAGGCUACUACAUGUUUUUCUCAGCCAGAAGCAAUUCUGCCAAUAAAACAGCUCAAAUGACUCUUACUCAAACUUUCGGAACUCCAUCAGCUACAUGCCAGAUGCGUUUCUGGUACCAUUUGUAUGGUCCCGAUAUUGGAGCUCUGAAUGUCUAUGCACAAACUGCUUUCCAAGGUCCACUAAUCAAGCAGUUUAGCGUUGUUGGUAAUCAAGGUGAUCAAUGGAAGAAAGCUAGUAUAACUUUCAACGUUAAUAAGCCAUUCCAAGUAGUCUUUGAAGCAGUAAACGGAAAAUAUUUUUGGGGCGAUAUUGCUAUUGAUGAUAUUAGUUUUACCACUAGCUGUAGCAAGGUCAAUACUCCACUACCUGUUGCACCACAAACCGAUCCAGGAUGCUCAACAGGACAGAAGAAAUGCAACAAUGGUAACUGCAUACAAUCCACCAAAUGGUGUGACUUUAUCCAAGAUUGCACUGACGGCUCCGAUGAAAAAGGCUGCCCAAAUAAAUGUACCUUCGAGAAUGGCAUGUGUGGAUGGACCAGUCCUUUAGAAUAUGGUGAAAUCCAAUGGGCACGAAAUAGUGGUGGCACUCCAACUUCUCUAACUGGCCCUACAACAGAUCAUACAACUGGCUCAGGUUACUAUAUGUAUGUAGAAGCUGACAAUGGAACAUUCUCAGCAAAUGCCUACUUACUUAGUCCUCUUUUCAACAAUCCUGCACCUUCAUGUACCCUUUCCUUCUGGUAUCAUAUGUAUGGCUUUGAUAUCGGCUCUUUAUCUGUUGAUCUAAUAACACCUAGCGGGACAAAACAAAUAUGGACAAAGUCAAAUGGACAAGGCAACUCCUGGAAGCAAGCUUCCAAUCUUAAAAUUUCAAGCUGCACAACUGCAUUCCAGUUAUCCUUUAAAGGCUCAACUGAUUUCUUUGGAUCAGCUGGCGACAUUGCCGUAGAUGAUAUAUUACUAAAUGGAUGUGCUAAAUCGUCAUCAGCAGCUAGCUGCCCUAGUGGACAAAAUCAAUGUGCUGAUAAACUCAACUGCUAUCCAGCGUCAGCAACAUGUGAUUUUAAUAACGAUUGCUGUGAUGGUACCGAUGAAAAAUUAUGCGCUGGCUAUACUAUGUGUAAUUUCGAAAAAAGCCUAUGUGGGUGGACUCAGUUAAAAUCAGAUAACUUCGAUUGGACUAAACACUCAGGUACUACUAUUAGCUCUGGCACUGGACCUGUUGCUGAUCAUACAACUGGUACCUCAUCUGGUGUUUACUAUUACAUCGAAACUUCAUUCCCACGCACUGUUAAUCAGACCGCUAUGCUUGGUAGUCCUACACUGAAAUCUCCUUCUUCUACUUGUGCUAUGAGAUUCUGGUAUAGUAUGAAUGGGCCCAGUGUUGGAAGCCUUCGAAUUUCAACACGAACCAGUUUUACUGCUCCAUUGGUUCAACAAUGGUCACUCUCUGGCAAUCAAGGGCCAUUAUGGCAAAAAGCUAUCGUUAAUUUGCCAGCAUCUUCCAAUCCUUAUCAGAUUGUAAUCACUGGAGUUGUUGGAUCAAGUUUCCAAGGUGAUAUCGCCAUCGAUGAUAUUAGCUUUACACCUGGUUGUCAAUUUGGUGGUAGUAUACCAGGACAGCCAACAAUCAAGCCAACACAACCUGGUUCAUGUACCAAUAAAUUCAAAUGUGCUAGCGGAACAGUAUGUGUAGCAUGGAAUAAAGUCUGCGAUUGGGUUAAUGAUUGUGCUGAUGGCAGCGAUGAAGCUAACUGUGGUGCUUGUACCUUUGAAAAAGGACAAUGUGGUUGGCAAAAUACGUUCACAGAUAACUUUAACUGGACAAGACAUCAAGGUAGAACACCAUCCCUCACAACUGGACCUAGCUAUGAUCACACCACAUUUUCUAGCAGAGGAUGGUAUAUGUAUACUGAAGUAACUGGUGGUAGAAUUGGUAAUCGCGCUGAUUUAUCAGGGCCAUUGAUUCAAAAAUCACCUGCAUCAUGUCUCCUCACAUUUUAUUUGCAUAUGUAUGGACGUAAUAUUGGUUCACUAGCAUUAUAUAUGUUUAACAGCCGAGGACAACGUAUUGCUCAAUUGUACGGAAUUACUGGAAAUCAAGGUAACUUUUGGCGAAGAGUUCAAGUAACAUUAGGUCGAAGAAAUUACACGUAUAGGCUCCAAUUUGAAGCUAAACGUGGUGCUGGCUUUCAAGGCGAUAUUGCACUCGAUGAUAUAACGUAUAGCCAGUGCACUGUUCCUACAACAUGUAGUCUACCGGCAUCUUCACGAUUUGUUUGUCCGCGUGGUAACUGCAUCUCUAACGAUCAACAAUGUGAUUUUUCACAAGAUUGCUUAGAUGCCUCUGAUGAAGCUAACUGUAAUGCCUAUCAACAACGAUGUAACUUCCAAACUGGAUUCUGUGGAUGGACCAAUUUACACGAUGAUGAUUUCGAUUGGUCGACUAAAAAUGGCCCUGCAUCCACGGCUGAUACUGGCCCAUACCGUGAUCAUACAUUGGGUACUUAUGCUGGCAAUUAUGCUUUAGCGGAUAGUUCACGACGCAAUAAUGGUGAUGUUGCACGAUUAGCUAGUAUGCCUAUUGCUCCAACUAAUUCCUCUUCCAAUUGCCACCUCCGAUUUUGGUACAACAUGUACGGCAAAACCGUUCGAUAUCUUCGUGUUCGAACAAGAACAAGUAUUGGUGGAAUUUAUACUACUAAAUUUUCUCGAUAUGGCAGUAUUGGCUCCUCUUGGAUGCGUAAAUCUAUUUCACUAACAUCGAGCCAAGCAUUCCAAGUUGUUUUCGAAGCUACUGUAGGAAGUGGUUUCACUGGCGACAUUGCUAUUGAUGAUAUAUCAUUAACACCCGGAUGCAAGCCUUAUUCUGGAAGCUUACCCGUAACAAAAACUGCAACACCAACACCAGCGACAACCUCAACGCCAACCAUUAGAGUACCCAAUACUUGCACUUCAAGCCAGUUUGGAUGUUAUACUAGUGGCAGUUGUAUACCUAAGAGUAAAGUAUGCGAUUUUGUUGCUGAUUGUCUCGAUGGAUCGGACGAAUGGACCUGCCCAUCGAACUGCACCUUCGAAAAGAACUUGUGUGGUAUGACAAUUACACCUAUCAAUGAUCCUCGCUAUACCUUUAAAUGGCAAUAUGCAAUGGCUCAUGAUGCAGCUGAAAAGCAAAGUUUAGCUGUUGAUCACACCACAGGCACGGGUAAAGGCCAUUACGUUUUCUAUGGUGGCAAAAUUCCACCUGCCAAUCCAUCUCUAGGUGUACCCUACAACAAUUUAGAAACCAACUUAACCACAGGAUGGUAUAAGCAUUCCGAUGCUACGUGUUUAAUGCAAUUUUGGUAUUACUAUUAUGGCAACGUAAUUGGACUUAUGAAAGUAGAAAUUUUAAAUCAAGGAGAUGCUAAACCCUCUAUUAUUUGGGAAACACCUGGUUUUAUGUACAAUACAUGGCGCAAUGCUAGUGUCGGAAUUGGAGCACGAACUAAGCCAUUCCAGAUCAUUUUCCACGGUAUUCAUAUUAACGCCUUCGAUGGUGCAGCUGCAAUUGAUGAUGUUAGCUUUGUCGGCUGUGCUUAUCCAAAGCCUCAAACAACUUGUAGAAUAGGAUUUUUCCAAUGUAAACGACGAUCGUGUAUUAGUAGUGAUCAAGUUUGCGAUAUGACCAACGAUUGUGGUGAUAAUUCCGACGAAACGAAUUGUAAAGGUUAUACACAAUGCAAUUUUGAGAAAUCUGAUUGUUCUUAUCUUAUGCAAGAUUUAACUGGUGAUCAAAUGAAUUGGACACGAAAUGCUGGACCCACAUUUAGUAUCUGGACGGGUCCUAGCCGUGAUCAUACAUUAGGAACCUAUCAAGGUUAUUAUUACUACCUAGAAGUUUCAGCACAACAAUAUGGUAAAACUGCUAAUUUAUUAACUCCUGUCUUCGAUCUAACUACGAUCAGUACAUGUAAAAUGAUCUUAUACUAUCACAUGAAUGGUGAUACGGUUGGAAGUUUAGCUAUCUUAGCGAAAACAACUAGAAAUGGAACUGCACAACAAUUAUUUAUAAAACGAGGCUCUCAAGGUGAUAUUUGGCAAAGAGCUGUCGUUACUUUACCAAGAGGCCAAUUAACCCAAUUAGUUAUUCAAGGAACUGUUGGCGAUAGCUUUUAUGGUGAUAUUGCUAUUGAUGACGUCUCCUUCUCGCCAUCAUGUAAUAAAACCACCCAACAAUUGCCAUAUGCACCACCACCACCCAGUGGUAUUCCACCAACAACUGCUGUACCUCAUACUUGUAAUCUUAAUUCACAAUUUAACUGCCGUAGCAGUGGAAGAUGUAUCUACCUUUCUCAAGUAUGCGACUUUAGACAAGAUUGCGCCGACAACAGUGAUGAAGUAGCUUGUAUACAGCCAACAUGUACUUUCGAAAAAGGUAUGUGCGGUUGGCUACCACAAUCGACCAAUGGAGUAUUUACAAGACCUAACUCAACUUCUCCUAAAUUCCGAUGGGAACGCCAUACUGGUGCAACCCAUACUGGACGCACUGGGCCAAGUGUUGAUCAUACUUUAGGCACAAGUCAAGGAUAUUAUGUUUAUACCGAUGCAUCCAAUGGCCGAUUUACCGAUACAGCCUUAUUAACAUCGCCAAUCAUUGGUGGAACUGGCUCACAAUGUAUUAUUUCCUUCUGGUAUCAUAUGUAUGGCACUAGUGUUGGUACUCUAUCCUUAGUAGCUAAACAAGGCACUACUACAACAUCAACACUAUGGUCAAGAUUUGGCAAUCAAGGCAAUAGUUGGCGCCAGGUAACGAUUAAAGUUGGUCAACGUCGAAAUUUCCAAUUGCAAUUUACGGGAAGACGUGGUUUGCUCUAUAAUGGUGAUAUGGCUAUCGAUGAUGUUACACUAAGCAAUUGUAUGCAGCCUGUUCGAGCACCAACAUGUCCCACAUCUAGCUUUACUUGCGGCAAUGGAUAUUGCGUCCAACCACAAUAUGUUUGUGAUUAUGCUAACGAUUGUGGUGGCCUCCAAGAUGAAACAACAGCUGCUUGUAAUAAAUCAGCAAUUGGUCGAUGUGGAUUUGAAGCCGAUGAAUGCUACUUCUACUUGGAUCCAUCCGGUAAGAAUUAUUGGGACCGACGCUCAGCUUCAUUUAUUUUUAAUGGUCCAACUGGUGACGUCAAUACUGCAUCAACACAAGGCCAUUUCUUGAAUUUAAAUUCAUACUUUCCAGCUCAAACUGGCGAUAUAAGUCGAAUUGCCAGUCAACCAUUUAAGCCUGCAGCUUCCUCUGCUAACUGCUAUCUCCGAUUUUACUACUUUAUGACUCCUGCAAUCAAUGGCGGCAGCCUUAAUGUCUACAUACGCGGUAAUUCAUCAGUUCUUGGUAUGAGACAGAUCUUUUCAGUAUCGAAUACAACAGUGAGUUAUUGGAAAAGAGUUGCUGUUAAAAUUACCAGUAGUGCGGCAUACCAAGUAAUCUUUGAAGGUGUCGUUGGAAGUAGAUAUUCAUCUCGUAUUGGUAUCGAUGGUGUUUCUUUCACUAGUGGAUGUCAAUUUGGAGGGAAUAUUCAAAUCCCAGGUAUCAACGUUAGACCACCUAACUCAGGCUUCCCAACAUCAACGUGCACCGGUAGUUCUAACUUUGGCUGUAAAAAUGGUAAAUGUAUUCCACGUACCUCAGUCUGUAACUUUAAUAACGAUUGCGGCGAUGGAUCGGAUGAAAUUAAUUGUGGAUCAAACUGUACUUUCGAUAAAGGAGCUUGCGGUUGGUAUAAUGCUGGCUUUGGCACCCGUCGUAAUUGGACAUUAGCUGUAGCUGCAACUGCAGGUCGUCGAGCACCUCCUAUCGACCAUACUACUAAUAGUUCAUCAGGUUCAUAUAUGUUUAUGCCAGCAACAUCGACCAGUUUCUUGUCGUUCAAUCGUGACGUUGGUAUCUUGGAGAGUGCAUUAUACAAAGGUUCAGGUCCCGCAUGCACAAUGUCUUUAUGGUAUACCAAAUAUUCUUUUGGCACAUAUUACUACCUUGCUAUUUAUGUCCGAACGUCAAGUAAUACAGUUCGAAUAGGCUACUUUACAAAUGGUGAUUUUAAAGGAACAACAUGGCAAAAGGUAACUGUUAAGAUUGGUAUACAACAAAACUUCCGGAUCUUAAUCGGUGGCUCAACUGGAUCUAGCCGAUUAUACGGUCUAGCGGUCGAUGAUAUCAAAUUCCAAAACUGCUAUUCAGCCAAUCGAGCUUGUACUCGCAACGAAUUUAAAUGUAAAACUAGUGGUCACUGCAUCAACAAACUCUGGGCAUGUGAUCGCCAAAAGGAUUGCCCAGAUGGUAGUGAUGAAGCACAAUGCACUUACAGCUAUGCUGAUUGCACAUUUGAUAAUGGAUUCUGUAACUAUACUAACAUGCAAUCCGGCGACUUCAAUUGGACACGAGCUAUGACUACACCAUCAUCUUUUACUGGUCCUACCAAUGAUCACACUACACCGUCAACCAGAACUGGAUAUUUUGCUUAUACUGAAGCAUCUUUCCCACGUAAAUCUUUCGAUACCGCUUACUUAGCUGGACCAAUUUUGCCAGCAAGUAAUGGCAUCUGUUGGAUCAAAUUUUGGUAUAAUAUGUAUGGCACAUCAAUGGGUACGUUAUCAGUAACUCUUCGAGAUAUAGGUUUAAGGCAAAGCUUGGGUACAGUCUGGCAAAAAUCUGGUAAUCAAGGAAUUGGCUGGAAGAGAGGAAACGCAUUGAUCAACAGUGCUCAACCUUACCGUGUUGUCUUCCAAGGAAGACUAGGUAGAAGUAUAAGUAGUGAUAUGGCUAUCGAUGAUGUCGUCUUUACACCAGCAUGCUAUGUCGGAGGAAAUCCGAUUACACCAUUGCCUUUAGUUAACAACAAAUGUAGUAAUCCAAGCUAUGCCUACCAAUGUCCUAUCAAUAACAAAACUGUAUGUAUACCUAAUACGUGGCGUUGCGAUGGCACUGUUGACUGCGACAAUGCUAUGGAUGAAGAUCGUUGCGGAAUUACUACCAGACCUUGCAAAACUACCGAAUUCAAAUGUGGAACAAAUGGCGGUUGUAUCAAUUCCACCAUGCAUUGCAAUGGAGUAAUUGAUUGCUUUGAUGGUUCUGAUGAAGCUGGAUGUCCAAAAAUUGAACCCCAAACUGCAAAUGGAGGAACUAUUGCUGCCGCAGUAAUUGGCUCUCUAAUUGCUGUAGCUCUUAUUGGUGGAAUGAUUUUCAUGUACAGAACAAAUAGAAUGGGAAGUAUAACACGCUUCUUUAAUAAACGCAGCAUGAGUAACCCAAAUUAUGAGCCUUAUACAAAUGACGACAAAGAGCCAACAUUGCAAAAUUUUAGCGAUACUAACGAACUAGCAGCCAGUGGUUCUGGCCAAACAGCAGUGUCUAAUCCACUUUACGAUGGUAAAGAAGAGGCUGAUAUUUACCAAUAA